CUUGUCUUUGUAAGCACUCGUAAAUUCUUUUUAUAAUGACAUCUGUUUCCGAAGAUAAGCAAGACUUUGAGAAGGAUGCUGAUCUGAAAUCUGUCGAAUCGUCUUCAACAUUGGAAGAUGAAUCUGGAUCCAUUGGAACCUUGGAUUUCUAUAUUUGGACCAUCAUACCUGCCAUUGGAAUCAUAUUUUGUUUUAUACAUUCGGAACAAGAACACCUCUGGACUUGGAAGGGGGAUACAGCAAGUGAAGCUCAAUCUCUUAAAUCAAAGGUCGUUGUCUCUAUUAUAUCUACUGUUAUCAGUGGGUGUGUUUUGGCAACACUUACGAAGACAAUUUCCAGCAUUUCAUAUACAGUUAUCAAGUACCAAGGUGCCCAUUUUCCUCAUCUUGUUACAGUAAUUGGUGGUCACUCGCCUGGACAUCUUCCUAUGCUUAUUGCUGGAAAGAGGUGGUUAAGCAUCAUAUUGAUUAUCAUGAUUCUAAUCAUUGGUGCAGUUAUUAAGCAGCUCACUUUUAUAUCUAUGGGUGUGAGCUAUGUGUCAUCAGGAAAUGAAACUGCCUCUUUCUCCGUACGGAAUUAUUCAACAUGUAUAGCAACCAAUUCAAGCACCAAGAUAUAUGGAAUCUUUCCUACUUUAGCGAUGGAUACUAUUAAUAGUGUUAGAAAUCCAAAUACUUCGUAUACAAAUGAAUACUAUGACCGAAGUAUACCUGCAGGUCUGAUCGGAGAAUCCAUAUUUCAACGUGAAUUACCAUAUGCCAAUGUAUCCUGCAGAUUAUUAAAAUACAAGAAUAAUUAUAACCGCACAGGGCCUUUAAUCUUAGGAGUUCCAACAUCUAUAUCUCCGCUAUACGAAUUAUCCUGGGCUGGAUCUAUGACCAUGCCAUAUCAGGACUAUUACGGUACAGCAUUUCCGAAAAAUUCUAUAAACUGCUCAAUCUAUCUGGGACAUGCGACUGCAUUGACAAAGUGUAAUAAGACAUUAUGUCAUACAGAACGGGUAUCAAACAUUACUUCGUAUAGUAAAGGAGAUUAUAACGGAGGCUUUGUUAGUUUGCUUUACAAAAUGUUUAAUAUCACGCAACCCGGGGGUUCUACUUACCGAAAUUCAUUAAUGACUUGGAUAGCAGGAGGCGAAUGGACUGAUAUAUACGCGAUGGAAAAGCGUAUUCCUGGAGAAAACAAGCAAGUUAUUACGAGUAGACUGGAGAUCUUAGGAACAGUUGCUGCUAGAAUUUUAUGCGAUUACAAUAACAUGGACGUGUCCGUGUACGACGAGCGCCCCAUUUAUUACACAACAAUUCAAACUUAUUUCCAGCCGUUUCAUUACUAUAUUUAUGGUAUAUUAUGGAGAUGGCCAUUCUGGAUGCUCGCUGGUUUUAUCUUGGUUUUAUGGUUAGCAAGUAUGGUCUCUUUGAGAAUCACGCCCGAGAGUAGGGUCAUAUCUGUGGAAUGGUUACUCAGUCAAUAUCUUAUGAGGGAACGAUUAAGCUAUGUAUCCGGUAGUCAGUUAGUAAAAGCACACAAGGGAUCAAUAUUCCAAGUCGUUGAUUCAAAGGAAGAUGCUGAAGUAGGAAGUAUUGUUAUUUCAAAGAUAGAUCCCUAUGAUUCCAAAUCACGUAUCAAUAUCCUUCAUAAGAAGAGGUAUCAAUAGCUCAUUUUUUUGUAUCGUUGCGCUGGAUGCAUUAAAAACGAUGAUAUAUUAAGCAGUUAAUAAAAAAAUAAAAUAAAAAAUCAGUUUUAUUCUGUUUGUGUCGCGUGAAUAUAGAAAGCAAUAUUAUUUUAAAAUCCCCAGUCAAUUUAGAUAUUGUAGGAUACACUAGAUAGUGAGAGAUAAAGCGAAAUAAAGUUAUUGUUCAAUUGAU